AUUUUGAACACGUAGAAGCAUCCAAUAACAUUCGUCCACGUGUUAAAAGCAAAACAAUGUCCAAUGACACGGUAUAGCAAGAUCAUCGUCGACGAAAGACUUGAGUCUAGUCUUCAUUCAAAAAACCUGAAAGUCCGAGUAAAACCCGGAAAUCCAACCCAGAUCUGGUUUCAUGAAGAAGAAAGGUGGAAUUAUCAGGUGCGGCGCGGCCGCGUAUUCUUUCUUGUUGCUCCUUCUUUUGAGCACGGCGAGCCGUAUCUCGGCGCUGUCCGUGACGGUGGACGACGUUGAGUGCAUAUACGAAUACGUAUUGUACGAAGGCGACACGGUUUCGGGGAAUUUUGUGGUUGUAGAUCAUGAUAUCUACUGGGGCAAUGAUCAUCCCGGCAUUGACUUUACUGUGACAUCUCCAUCGGGUAAUACUGUACACACGUUGAAAGGAACAUCUGGAGAUAAAUUCGAGUUUAAGGCUCCGAAAAGUGGAAUGUACAAAUUCUGUUUCCAUAAUCCUGAAUCCACACCCGAAACAGUCUCUUUCUACAUUCAUGCGGGCCAUAUUCCCUCCGAACAUGACCUGGCGAAGGAUGAGCAUCUGGACCCCAUUAAUGUUAAAAUCGCUGAAUUGCGGGAGUCACUUGAAUCUGUUACUGCAGAGCAGAAGUACUUGAAAGCACGUGAUGCGCGUCAUCGGCAUACAAAUGAAAGCACAAGAAAGCGUGUGAUAUUGUACACAGUUGGGGAAUACCUUCUGCUUGCACUCGUGAGUGGGUUACAGGUUGUGUACAUACGUCGCUUGUUCAGCAAGUCAGUCGCAUAUAACCGUGUUUGAUGAAAUUUGCCCCUGAAAAGAUUAGAUUUCCAUGUGAAAGUUGGAGAUGACUGCCUGUCCCAAAUUAUAUAGGAGGUCCUGUGUACUUAUAUGUGUUAUUUUUUUGACAUGGUUGGGUAUGCAUUGGAUUUUCUGCCACUAUUUAAUGUAUUUUAAAAAUCAAAAUGUUCAGCUCCCAAUAAUGAGUCGUUUUACAGCCUGAAUUAUGAGGCCCAAGUUUCAACUAGUUUUGCAAAGUGAGCUCAAG